AUAUAACCUCCCCUGAAUUUGAAUCGAUUACUCUCAAAUUUCUGCAAAUACUCAAAUCAUGUGAGGAAUAUUCAACGUUGAAGCUCCACUUCUUCACGACUUCCCUCGGUCCGCCACACCUUCACCCAGGUGGGGCAGCCGUUGAUCCAAGAAAAAAAAAACCCUUCCAAGCCCAAAACCCACACAACACCGCACAGCCUGGUGCCUGAUCUGUACUUCAAACACUGGUCUUGCAGACGUGCAGUUUUUGCCCGUUAGGCAAAUUCCCCCUCUCUUCUUCCUGCAACAACUGUAGCCAUGAUCCCUCGCCGCCUAGCCAUCCUGAUCCAACACGCCCGCGGCCCGUAGUGGUUGCGCGCCUUUGACAUCUCGUGGUCCGACGAUUAACCGGGCAGCGGAGGGAGCUCUACUUCGAACUACUUGACCUAAUUGACCUAUUCGAACUCCUCGAGCUACUUUGGAAGUGAUAGCCACUGCUGUGUAACACGAAAGAAGCUGCAUCGUACACCGACACCCACGAGGGCGCUGCAUUAUUCCGCUCUCUUCUCAUUGGAUUGCGUUUGAUACUGCUAUUCCCAUUUCAUCCUAUGAGAUGAGACUCCAGGCCAUGCUGAUCCCUCGAAAGGUGAGAGCGACAAUGGGCCGGGCCAUCAUGGCUGUACUCCCGCCGUGCAAUUUCCUCACCCUUCAUUAUCUCUACUUCAUCGCGACAUGUCUGGUGACCAGCAUCAUCUUCUACUUGACCUCCACCCCGUGGAAGAGUGUGGCAUAUGUGGAUGCCAUCUUCUUGUGCGUCAGUGCCAUGACUGGCGCGGGUUUGAAUACGGUCGACCUGUCAACAUUGAACACCUUCCAACAAGCCAUCCUGUUCAUCCUCUUGAUCUUGGGAUCUGCCAUUCUCAUCUCGAGCACCGUUCUUAUGGUGCGUAAGCAGGCAUUUGAGGACAAACUAAAGCACUUCUCAGAGGAGCGUGAGGCCUCUCGCCGUGCCUCGGCUUUGGAACUGCAAAACUCCACACCGGAACUGGAUGCUACUCUCAACGAAGGGGAUAGCCAGGUCCAGCUGAAAGGUACGGCUGACGAGCGUUUGGGCGAAUCAUCCACAUUUCGUUGCGAUCAAAUCAUAUGGGUCGACGAUGAUCAAAUCACUGUUGGCGAUGUCCAAGCCCGGAAUCACCAUCAUCACCGCCGGGUGUUUCCCAUGGCCGGUGUAGGCGCCCGGCCAGAUCUGAACAAUCACCCCCGCGAUGUUGCACCACUGCCUCUGUAUACCGACGACUUUUCAGUAUCUGGGCUCAAGGGGAUCAUCCGUGGCACACAAAAAUACUUCUCCUCCAAAGGGUUUAUCUCACGUAACUCGCAAUUCUACGGCUUGACUUCUACCGAGCGGGAGAAACUCGGCGGUGUCGAAUACAAGGCCGUCUCCUUCUUGGCGAUCAUCGUAUCGCUUUACUUUUCGAUGUUUUUGAUUCUUGGUAUCGUUGGUAUGGGUGCAUGGCUUGAAGCGAACCACCCUGAAGUUUCCGAAGUCAAUGGACUUUCGCCGUUUUGGACCGGCGCUUUCUUUGCAGUUUCUGCAUUUGUGAACAGUGGCAUGUCUCUUUUGGAUAAGAACAUGACUGCUUUACAGUUGAAUGCCUACCCACUUCUCACGCUGGGCAUGCUCAUUCUUGCGGGUAAUACCCUUUACCCAUGCUUCCUACGCUUCAUCGUUUGGACUAUGCGAAUAAUGCUGCCCGAUACCCCGUCGUGGAAGUCAUGGCGGGUGACACUUGAUUUUAUCUUGGAUCACCCAAGAAGGGUAUACACCAACCUUUUCCCCGCUCGACACACAUGGUAUCUUCUUGCCACUAUCAUUGUCCUCAAUGGAAUUGACUGGGCGGCCUUUGAGCUCUUGUCUAUUGGAAACAAGGAAAUUGAGGCCUUGCCGACUGAGUAUCGAAUUCUCGAUGGCCUGUUCCAGGCAUUGGCUGUGCGUGCUGGUGGAUUCUACGUGGUGACGAUUGCUGAUCUGCGACAAGGACUCCUUGUACUCUAUGUCCUCAUGAUGUACGUCUCCGCAUUCCCCGUGCUGGUGACAAUCCGCAACACAAACGUCUACGAAGAACGCUCCCUGGGAAUCUACGCCCACGACGAAACCCCCGAGACCCCCUCCAACACCAGCCGCAGCAACGUCCUCAUGGACCUAAUGCGGCACCACAUGGGCCGACCAACACUCUCCGAAUCCUCACGCGGCUACUUCGUCCACCAACAAGUCCGCUCCCAACUCAGCCACGACAUCUGGUGGAUCGCCCUUGCAGUACUCUUCAUCGCCAUCGCCGAAUCAGACCACUACACCGACGAACCCGUCGCCUUCAGCACCUUCAACAUCAUUUUCGAGGUUGUUUCUGCGUAUGGCUGUGUGGGUGUUAGUGUUGGGUAUCCUGGCAAGAAUUACUCGUUUUGCGGGGCUUGGCAUACAAUUAGUAAAUUGAUUCUUGCGGCGGUUGCGUUGAGGGGGAGACAUCGUGGUUUGCCGGUUGCGAUUGAUAAGGCGAUUAUGUUGCCGAGGGAGAGUUUGGCGUGGGCGGAGGAGGAAGAUGCGGCGUUGAGGAGGGAGAGGACGAGGAAUUGGGGCCAGGAGAGGAUGCCUUUGGGUUCGGUUUGAUUAGGUUUUAUGUGACCAUGACUUUUUGAUUUUGGAUUGACUUGCUCUUAGCGUGUCAUUGGUGGGAGAUACCCAUUGUGUUGUCUCGAUUUAUGACCUUUGCUCUUACUAGGCGAGGGUGGUGAGGUGGUGAGAUGAUACUACCUACUCUAUUCUAUGGGUUGAACAUUUUGGUAGAAAGAUAUUCAGAAAGAUAUUCAAUUCAUGCAUUG